UGGUGCGGAACUCCGCAGUAACCAGGGGAACUGCAAACAGUGUAGAGGCCGCUUCCGGUUCGAGCACCCGGAACCGCCGCCUCUAGGGAUGGAUGGUCAGACUCUGCGAAAGGCUGACAGGAGCCGGUCCUCCUCACGGGAGAAAAAGGAGUACCCUGGCGAGCUGAGCAAUAAUACCUUCAUCUUGCUCAAGAGGAAAUCGCGGCUCAGAGCAGGUUACACUAAGGACAUGGUGACAGACUUUGAUGAGAAACACGAUGAGUAUUUAAUAUUGCUCCAGCAGAGGAACCGGAUAUUAAAGCAGUUGAAAGCCAAGGACCCCAUGCAAUUGAGGCUGGAGCACUUGGAGCAAGGUUUCUCUGUCUACGUGAACGGGGCCAAUUCCGAGCUGAAGACCUCACCACGGAAAGCCGUUCACCCCAACUUCUCCAGAAGUGCCUCGCACGCCGAGGGGACACGUGAUUAUGGCCGAAGAACCCAGUUUCAAGAAGCUGAAGAAGCCUUAAGACGCCAUUCACGGACAGCCCCCAGCAAAGUUCAGCGCCGAGGAUGGCACCAGCAAUCCGUGCAGAUCAGAACAGAAGCUGGCCCGCGGCUCCACAUCGAACCCCCUCUGGACUAUUCUGAAGAUUUUGAGCCGUGUGGGGACGUGACGAUCAAGUCAGAGGAUGCUUCUGAGGGUCGUCUGCAGGAUACCAAGUCUCCCACCAGCACCACGCCCUGUGAUUUGAAUGUUUCUCUUCUGAACGCACAGGAACAUUCUGACCCUCCAAGCAGUAUGGACAAAGAAAGGAUCCUCUUGACCAUUCAGGAUGUAAUGGAGCUGAGAAAAAGCCUAGAACUCAGCGUACAUCUACAAAGGAAGCAAAAGGAUUGCUCCAGUGAUGAGUAUGACUCUAUUGAAGAAGAUGUAGUUUCGGAGCCUGAGCCCGAGGACCAGGUGCUGCUGGGCCAACCCCAAGAGGAGCCUCCUCCCCCCAGGGGGAACUCAGUGCAAAAGGAUGUUCCCGAGGACCAGGAGACAGGGGGGCGCUCUCCCCAGGGCCCAGACACCCUCGUGGUCCUGGAGUUUAACCCGGCUUCUAAAAGUAAUAAAAGAGAAAGGAAUUUGUCGGCAAAGCGGAAGGACAACGCCGAAGUCUUCAUCCCCAGCAAACCCGAGUCAGACCUGAAUCCCCAGCCCCGCGCUGCGUUUCCAGACCAGGAGAGGACUGGCUCCAGACCUGGAAGCCGGCGGGAGAGACCCCUGUCUGCAACCCGCAAAACCGUCUGUGAGGCUGAGGACCGAAAGGAAGACGCCUCUGCCGUGCUCCGAGCCAUCCAGGUGGAGAACGCGGCCCUGCAGAGGGCGAUCCUGGGCAGGAAGGCCGAGCCGCAGGAUGCAGAGGGACCACCAGUAAAACCGUGGACCAGGCUGCUGAAGGAGAAGGAAGAGACCCUUGAGCUGCUUCCCAUCGCCACGGCGACUACCCCUCAGGAGCCGUCCAGGGCAGCAGCGGGGGACAAAGCCAUCGACCAAGCCAUUGACAGAAUCAGCCUUCUGGGAAGCAGACAACAGCAGAAGCUUCUGAAAGUCCUCCAGGCCAUCGAAAGUGACUCUGCCCACCUUGGCGGGGUCGUUUCACCAACUGAGGAACAAGGACCAGACCCAGAGGACAAACUGAGAAUGAGAGCGGAAGAGAUCAAAGAUGCUGUCUACGUGACCAUGGAAAUCCUGUCCAACUGGGGCAACCCACUGUGGGUGGGGCUGACAGAAGUUGAGUUCUUUGACCUAAACGACACGAAGCUUUAUGUGUCACCCCAUGACGUGGAUAUCCGGAACACAGACACGCCCGGGCACCUGGGCUACCUUGUCAACAGGAACCUGUCUGGCAAGAACGAGCCCUCCUUGUGGACCUGCCCCUUCCACCCGCCGCUGCAGCUCUUCUUCGUCAUCCGCAACACGGGGCAGCUGCGCGACUUCCACCUGGCCAAGAUCAAGGUUUGGAAUUACUGGACGACUGAUGGCGAUCUCAAUGUUGGUGCCAAGAACGUGAAGCUUUAUGUCAACAAAAACCUCAUCUUUGAUGGCGAGUUAGACAAAGGAGGUGGGGACGCCCCCGCGGACCACAGCAUCCCGGUCGGCCUGAAGAGGGAGGACGGCGAGCGAGCAGAGAUCACCGUGAGUGAUCGCUCAGAGGAAAGCAGGGCUGCCCCCAAGACGCCUGGCACAGAUGGGGACAAGGAGCCCAGUCUCAGUUGCUCGCAGCCAGCUGAAGCAUUAGUGGCUGUGACGCUUUCUUCACAAGGUGAUUUAUCCAGCGAAAGGAUGAAUUCUACUAAUUGCAUGAGAGACAGUUUGUCCAAGUUAGAGGAAGAUUUAAGACUGCUGGCAGCCCCUGCUUCGAUGGGUGACCCGCCCGGUGCCCCUGCCACCUCCCCACGUGGGGGGUGCCCUCCUCUUGACGAGGAGCCCUCCCUGGUCCAACAACUGGAAAACCUCACAGGCAGAAAAAUCUCCGAGCCACCUGGGAAAACUCCAUCCUGGUUGCAACCUUCUCCCGCAGGGAAAGGCAGGAAGCAGGAAGACGGGAAGCCCAAACCCCUCUGGCUCAGUCCAGAGAAGCCCCCGGACCGGAAGGGCAGGCUCCUGUCGGAUGUCAUUGGUGAAGGGCCUGGAGAGACCGAGGCUGGUGAUAAAGGCCCCUGGCAUGAGCAAGGGCAGGUGACCAGCUGGAAUGCCAUCGCUGGGGACAGACCACAGAGGGGAAGCCCCAAAGUGUGUGGUGAUGACUUAGACAUCUUUAGCCAGCCCCCCACCAGGGAGCGCCCUGCUAGCGGGAGGAGGAGCAUGAAGAAGGAUGCCGUCAGUGGUAGCCGUGGCGACAGCCAACCGGCCAGCAGAGAAGACACCUGGGCCGCCAGGAGGCCGCCGCGGCCGAAGUGGCACAGUGAGCAGGAGCACAUGCUGCACGAGUCCUGGAGCUCCCUCAGUGCCUUCGACCGCUCCCACCGGGGGCGCAUCUCCAACGCGGGCUUCCCGGGGGACGUCCUGGACGAGCUCCUGCAGCAGCAGAGGAGCGGCCGGCUCGGCGACCAGCCGCCACCCUGGAAGGACGAGCCGCCCGAGCCGCCGAGAGGGCAGGAGGGCUGCCCUGCGGAGACGGAUGACGGGGGUGACUUUAAGAUCCCCGUCUUGCCUUACGGACAGCACUUGGUCAUCCACAUCCAGUCCACGUGGGGGGACAGACACUAUGUGGGCCUCAACGGGAUAGAAAUAUUCAGUUCCAAGGGAGAGCCGGUGCCGAUUGCAGACAUUAAAGCAGACCCCCCCGACAUCAACAUCUUACCGGCCUACGGGAAGGACCCCCGUGUGGUCACCAACCUCGUGGACGGGGUGAACAGGACCCAGGACGACAUGCACGUCUGGCUGGCCCCCUUCACGCCGGGCAAGUCCCACUCCGUCGCCGUCGACUUCGCGUACCCUUGCCACGUCGCCAUGAUCAGGAUCUGGAAUUACAAUAAAUCUCGGAUCCAUUCCUUCCGCGGCGUGAAGGACAUCACGAUGCUAUUAGACGCCCAGUGCAUCUUCGAAGGGGAAAUCGCCAAGGCCUCGGGAACCCUGACGGGAGCCCCAGAGCACUUUGGAGACACGAUCUUAUUCACGACCGACGACGACAUCCUCGAGGCCAUAUUCUGUUCCGAUGAGAUGUUUGACAUCGACGUGGAGGGCCUGGGCAGCCUGCAGUACGAGGAGGCGCUGAGGAGGCCCAGCACAGCCGACGGCGACAGGGACGAGCGGCCCUUCACCCAGGCCGGCCUGUGGGCUGGUGACCCGGUCCUGGAGCUGGAGCUGCCACCCAGUCCCCCUGUCCCUGAAUUCACCACGCCAGAGCCAGGCAUCUACCAUGGGAUCUGCCUUCAGCUGAACUUCUCCGCCUCCUGGGGGGACCUCCACUACCUGGGGCUCACUGGCCUGGAAGUGGUGGGCAAGGACGGCCAGGCCUUGCCUAUCCUCCUGCACCAGAUCUCCGCCUCCCCCCGAGACUUAAAUGACCUCCCCGAGUACACCGACGACUCCCGGACCCUGGACAAGUUAGUGGACGGCACCAACAUCACCAUGGAGGACGAGCACAUGUGGCUGAUCCCCUUCUCGCCGGGGCGGGACCACGUGGUCUCCAUCUGCUUCGACAGAGCCCAGAGCAUCGCGGGCCUGCGCUUCUGGAACUACAAUAAAUCUCCCGAGGACACCUAUCGAGGGGCCAAAACCGUGCACGUCUCCCUGGACGGCUUGUGCGUCUCCCCUCCGGAGGGCUUUCUCAUCCGGAAGGGGCCAGGCAACUGUCAUUUUGAUUUUGCUCAAGAAAUCCUCUUCGUGGACUACCUGCAGACUCGACUGCUGCCCCCGCCGGCCAGGAGGCUCGACAGGAACAGCCUGGAGCGGGCGAGCAUGGACUAUGAGGCGCCGCUGAUGCCGUGUGGCUUCAUUUUCCAGUUCCAGCUGCUGACCAGCUGGGGCGACCCCUAUUACAUCGGUCUCACGGGCUUGGAGCUGUAUGACGAGCGGGGGGAGCGAAUCCCCUUGUCGGAGAACAACAUCGCCGCCUUCCCCGACAGCGUGAACUCCCUGGAGGGCGUGAACGGGGACGUCCGCACCCCGGACAAGCUCAUCGACCAAGUGAACGACACCAGCGACGGCAGGCACAUGUGGCUGGCCCCCAUCCUGCCAGGCCUGGUAAACCGGGUUUAUGUGAUUUUCGAUCUGCCUACCACCGUGUCAAUGAUCAAGCUGUGGAAUUACGCGAAAACACCCCACCGAGGGGUGAAGGAGUUUGGCCUGCUGGUGGACGACCUGCUCGUGUACAACGGGAUCCUGGCCAUGGUGAGCCACCUGGUAGGGGGCAUCCUGCCCACGUGCGAACCCACGGUGCCCUACCACACCAUCCUCUUCACCGAGGACGCGAGCAUCUGUCACCAGGAGAAACACACCGCCAUCAGCAACCAGGUGGAGGAUCAGGACGUCCAGAUGAUGAACGAAAACCAAAUCAUUACCAACUCGAAAAGGAAACAGAGUGCCGCUGACCCAGCCUUACGCCCCAAAACCUGCAUAAGCGAGAAGGAGACGGCGAGACGAUGGCGGUGCUGACCGGUGGAGCAGGGAGAGCUGGUCCUUCCAGCCAGGCUGGGGCCCGUCACCGGCCCACUCAGCACCCAUGUCCCCCGCCCUCGGUCCCAGGGGCUGGAAGAGAACUGCAGCAGCGUGGAGGGGAGCCCACUGAGGAGAAGGGACUCAGGGUGACAGCCCUGGAAACCAGAGGAGUGACAGACAAUGCCUGUGUGGCUGCAGGGCGUGGUGUGGCCUUGGGCCAUCCCCUGCAGCUCUGGGCUGGUGCUUUGCGCCCCUCCUUCAAGACCCGGCACAGCAGGGUCCAGGACCACUCAGGCCUGGGCUGACGCUGACUGGGGCCAGGACGGUGCAGUGGGCUGGGGGGGCCACCUCCAGCCUCCUCAGGGCCCAGAGCACGGCUCUGCAGGGCAGCAGGGAGACCAGGCCCACACCCCACCCCAGCACACAGGGGCAGAGGCCCCCACGGAGGUGGCCAACACUCCCCGGCCUCAUCUGAGAGGCUGGGGUCAUUUCCCGGCCCCCAGCGUGCGUCUGGUCCUGUUGAGAGGGAGGAGCGGGCUCUGGAGGGGCCUCUCUCCUCUCAUCAGGGGACUGGCCAAGGGUACGUGUCCUGCUGAGGAAAGGAAGUGAGCUGGACCCACCGCUGUGCACUCCAGCACGAGCUGGGCCACUCCGGCAUGCCAGGGCACCUUCUCUGUGCUGCUGCCAGGCCCAGAAAGGCUCCAGGCUGGCGGCUCCAGACCCAGAGAGCCAGAAGGCCCCCCCAGAUGCCCUCUGGAUGCAGGCAUUGUGGGGAGGCUGAGGACACGCCCCCUACCCCCUUUUACACUUGAACUUAGCGUGGAGGAAGGCUGCCCCCACCGAACACCCCUGCCAAGUCCCUCCUGAUCCGAUCGGAUCGCUGGCCUCCCUUGCUGGCUCCCAUCCCUUUGUCCGUGCCCCGCGCCCUUGGAGUCAGGCGGGGAGGCUCUUGUUGCCAGACCCCCCACCCUUCUCCCUCUGCAUCCGCUUCCCAGCCAGUUGGAGACGUGCCUUGCACCCCCAGCCGAGCGAGGCCCAGGACGCAUCUAUUUCCAUCGCUGUAACAAGCUCAGAUCAGGGACCUAAUUGGUUUCCCAGUGGUGGGUAAUUUCUCGUUCCAAAUAUUAAUCCGUUGUUUUCCUGGCGCCCAGCCCGGCCCCGCCGCAGUACUGUACUCGAAGUACGUUCCUAUGCAACCGAGAGCCCCGGCAAACACUUUAUGAGCUUUGCAGCCUCGGCUGGAGCACUAUGCAAAUGCGCUUUGCAUUUGGAGCACGGGCUGAUGUGCAGAUAAGAAUCGUUUCUCUCCGAGAAGAUCCAUCAUUUCGGUAGCUCCCAAGCCCCCGGCACCCCCGCUCGGCUCCCAGAUGCGGUGAGCGCUCCCGCCUGGGGGCUCGGGGGCUGAUCACACCAGCGCCACUGCUUUAAAGGGAGCCCCGUCGGCCCCUCCCUGCGCCAGGCGUGGGUACAGGUCAGACUCGUCGGGGAGGCGGCACGCACACUGCACACGCCCGCUCCGCAAUCUCGGUUGAUGUCGAUAAUAAUUGCGUGUACCGUGCAAUCUAGGAGGGGAACAAGAAGCCGUACAGGCAUUAACUGUAAAAUAAAUUUCUAUUUUUUUGCUCUUACAAAAUCAAUAAAAGAUGUUAUUAAGAAUA